AUGGAUGAACAGGACAAUGAUUUUAAAGAGUUGUGGGCAAAUCUUUUGGGACGAGCGAAGAAAAAAGCUGGGGAUGCUGAAGCAGCAAAGAGGACUCAGCACAGGUCAAAGAGCACUGCGGCAAGAGGUAGAUUGAAAAGAGGCAAAGCUGCUGCUAAAAGCCAAAAUCAUCAUCGCCUACCAGCAGUGAAGGAAACAAACUUGCCUCAAGAUUUGGGUCCAAAGGAACAAACAUUGGUGCACAAAGAAGAUGGUGAUGCUGUGGCCUGUAGUAGUGGUGAGACUGCACAAGAGGAUGGAGAGAGAAACCCUUUCCCUGCCAGCCAGCUGAGUACAGUGGCCAGUGAGUGUAGCCAGAGGACUCUGACAGUAAAUACUCUGAUUGGCUGUUCCCAGACUACGUUAUCCUUUCAUCCUGCUACACAGCUGGGGACCUGCUCUUCACCCACCUCAAAGAUCCCGCCGCCCGCAGGGUCGAAGAUGCGGGUGGCAGAGCUGGUAGUGGAGAGAAUGCAGCAGUUCAAGAGAGUGGCACCUGAGCAGCUAAAGCACAGCACAGAUCAUAGCUUGCCAAGGUCUGUAGCCAGCGGGGAUUUCCCUGAUGAAAGCCAGGAGCAGAACCCUCCAGAGGAUGAUACCCACCAUCUUCCAUCCCUGGAGCAUGACGGUGCUCUGGCUUUGGCGCUUCAGAGGAACCCCAAAAGCCUAGAGGAUGCAGGCUUGUUUUUUUGUCAGAUCUGCCAGAAGGAUCUCUCAGCCAUGAACACAACACGACGAGAGCAGCAUGUUAACAGGUGUCUGGAUGAGAUGGAAGAAGCGCAGACGUCAUCCUCCAGCAAACCACUGGUCCCUGAGUGUCCCAUCUGUGGGAAGCAGUUCCAGACUCCACAGAGCCGAGUCAGUCACUUGAAACGUUGUGCUGUCGAGAUGGACGUUCCUCCUAAGCUGCUUCUUCAGGCAGUGCAGUUGCAGGUGUCCUCACUUGGUGAUACACCUCCUCAGUGUCCCGGCAAUCAACCAAGCAGGGCAAAGAGAAAAGGCUCCUCCAAAGAGGACUCGAAGAAAAUGCAGAAGAGGGCCAAACUGGAGACGAAGGAUGAAGAUUUGCUGGUUGCUAUGGCAAUGUCACGCUCUCUGUUGGAGCAAGAGAAGCAGGAACAAGCAAAAUCAGUUACAAAUGUGAAACCAGUGGCUGCUUUGCCAAUCAAGUGGAAGCCAGGAUCAGAGAAAAAACAGCGUAAAAGAGGCCCAACCACACCUCCACCAUUACUGCUCCAGGACCCGGAGAAGGUCCGCAAAAGGAUCCAAGAGCGAGUAGCUAUGCUGCUUGCGGAAGAAGUGGAAUUCCCUCCCACCCCUAAGCUUCCCGCUAGUAGGAUUUUAGAGGAUGAAUCUAGGAAAGCAACCUGGCUCUUGCCAUUGUCCAAAACCAGGGAGUGUUUUUUAUGGAAUAUCAGUGCUCUGACAGGACCCUGUGAUCCUGAAUUGUUCUACACUGCUGGAUUAACCCCUCCAAUUGUACCUUGGAAGCCUGUGCAGAAUCAUAAGCCAGAGAACCUUCUGCUGUCGGUGGGAUCUGAUCAGCCAAAAGUAUCCCAGCAAAUUCAGCCUGACCCCAGUUCUCAUGGUCCCACUUGCAUAGAGGUUGGAGGCCAAACUUCUGAUGAAGCCAAGUCAGGCCAUGAAGAUGGACAGUUUUUAUCUCACAGCCAGAAGGAUGUUCAGAUCCUCCAGGACCUAGUUGAGUUGGCCAGGGAAGGACUUACCCUCACUCAGUGGAACCUUGAUGUUGACCAGGUUCAGGCAGCAAAGCAGCCAGGACAAGAACUGCCUUCCAGUGAUAUUCAACAUAGUGGCUUUGUCCCCCCAUCCAAAGAGAAGAGCCUCCUGAAGAGCAGCUGCAAAAGAUCCUCUCUCAAGUUGCUGGCUGAAGAUUUCGGUGCAAUGGUCAACAACCCCCACUUCAGUGAUGUCCAGUUCCAGGUGGACUCUGGGGAAGUCCUUUACGCCCACAUGUUUGUGCUGUACGCGCGGUGUCCGCAGGCUGUCCAGGUCAUUCACAGCCAAGGGUUCUUAGUGGAGGAGGAUGGGAACGCACCGACACGCCUUUAUGCUGCUGAUGCUGACAUCCCUGCUGGGGUGCUGCCCCAGGUGGGGAAUCUGGCUGCCAGGUUUGGUGUGAGGGAACUGAUGGAAGAGUGUGAAAACAACACUGGAGAGAGUCAGGGGUCUUCUGGAGUGGAUUCAGAAGAUGAUCUUAUCUCUGUGAGGGAUGACAAAGAUUGUGAGGACAGAGCUGAGAACUUCCAAGACCUCUUGAAGUCAGUGUGGGUGGGUGAAGAUGAGGAAGAAGUAGCUAUGCUGAACCCUGAAUGCCAGAAGGAAGAUGACAAUGGGGUGGGUGAACAGGAGCUGGAGGAAAUCUAUGAGUUUGCUGCAACUCAGAGGAAGAUGGUUCAAGGUGAAACGGAGGUGAGCGAGGGAACAGACUGCAGCAUCUGCAGUGAUACUGAGGCAGACCAGGGUACAAACCAGCAAACUGAGGAGGAAGAAGUAAAGAGAUGUGAAUCUGCUUCAAUAAGCAACAGCUUCAAAGAUUUGAAGGAUGACAAUGAUGUGGAAAAAUCCAAAUGUGACUCGUCCUUCAAAGAUUUGAAGGAUGACAAUGAUGUGGACUCGUCUGCACAAGAAGAGAAAAUGCAGAAUAUAAAUAGGUGCAGGAGCAUGAAUGAUCCACAGACCACUUUUGUGCCUCACCACAGUGAAGCUCAAAAAUGGGACGUAGCAUCCCAUGGUGCCACCGCUAAUGAAGGAGAGACCAUUAGGAGAUGUGAAUGUGUGAAGGAUUCCAGGUCAUCUCAGGUCUCACAUGACGAGGCAGAUCCCUGUGAAAAACAGUUUCCUAGCUCCCACGAUGAUACUAAUAUACAUGAAAGUUACGAACGCUUGUUUUCUGCAACUCAGGGAGAUUACUGGGAGCCUUCCCCAGUGAAGGAAGUUAUCAAAGGAAAUGCUCCUAGUGAAAAAGAUGUCGAUGUUAAUGAUUCACUUCUGUACAGCAAAUCACAAAAAGACCUCUCUCCACGUAAGAACGGUUUUUAUGGGAGUCCUCUUCCCAAACCUUUUGUGCCCCUUUUUCCUGCUUUUGGCUCUUCACCUGCCUCUCCAAAAUCAGACAGAAAGCUUGCCGAAGAACACGUGUCAACACCAAAGCGAAACAAAAAGGAAAAAUCAUUCCCAUCUGAUGAAAUAUACUUUCAGAAGGCCAACGAGCUGGAUACUACAUCAAGAAAUGAGAACACAGUUUCUCCCGCAGAGCUUCCCCACAUUGAUUUAAACAAGCACACAUAUGUCCCAGUGUUGUCAUCACCAGUCAUCAGAACUCAGGAUGCUGCAGCUCAGGGGAACAAGGAGGGUGAUGUUAUUGUUUUAUCUUCUGAUGAUGAAAUGGAGUUACAACAAGACAAGAAGUCUCCAGAGUCAGGCUCUGCUCUGAAGACGAUGGAAAUCCCUGGGCAACUGAAAUGUACAAACGUAGAACAAAGUUCUGAGAUACCGAAAUCUGAACCUGAAUCAAUCACUGAAACAGAGCAGAGAUCAACCCAGGUCUCAUGCGGCAUUACAGGUACAGUCGAUAGAAGUAAUGAUGUGAAGAUGUCCACCGAACUGCCUCUCAGCAGACAAAGAGAUGCUUGUAUGGGGAGCAAACAAAGUCCAAACCUGAGCCCUGAAAAAAGGCUCAGGCAUGAAAUGUCUUUAGGUACAGACAGCUCCUGGCUAGUGCCAGACACACCGGUUCUGAGCAAAAGCAGAAGUUUCUCAACACAGACUCAGAUCACAAGUAUUAAUUCUUUAAAGAGUCCAGGAUCUAAACUCAGCACAAAGAACUUGGCAGCAGGCAACAGUAACCAUGAAGGGGCUGGAAAUUUAUUAAAAGUUCAUGAAGCCACAUUUGCAGACAAACAUUUGCCUAUGGAGACCUCAGUCAGUGAAAGGAGCUCUUCGAGCAGCCCAGCAGCAGGAUUGUUUUCCAAGAACUCCCCACCAGUUUCUCCAGUGGAUCCAGUUCUCCUCUCCCCUGGCUGCACCAACGUAAAAAGCAAGUGUGCCAAGAUGUCGUUUUUAUCCCAACCUGUGCCUCCAUGCCGUGAGCAGCCAUUGGAAGAUAAAGCAAAUGUCAGUGUGGUGGAGGUAGAGGACAGUGAAAAGGAAAUAAGCCUGCCUUCUGUGAGCAGUAGCGUCUUGCUUUGUGACGAGCCCCCAGUCCCCGUGGAUGACUGCUGGCGUGUUGAAUACCUGUCACCAGUCAGAGGUAACAGCCAGGACUCCAGCCAGGUCAGCCGUGCAAAGACCAGCACUGCCAGCAGCCCCAAACCAGACUCUUGGCACGAUCAGUGGCAGAGCCCAGACCACGUGCAGGAAAUUAAGGACAGUACCCCUCUUCGAGGAAGUCCUGUUGGCAGAAGAACAACUUUGCUGUGUCUUGACAAGAGUCCUAUUGAGGCAUGUUCAUCAGUGGGCAGUAGGCCAAGUUAUCUGAACUCCAAAAUCUGGGAUGAUUGGAAUGGAGAAGAGGAGGAAGAUGAAUUUCCAGAGAUGCUUCCUCUGUCUCAGAGGUUGUCAGCUGCAGCAGGUGCCUGUCAGACAGAUCCUGUGAGGACUCCUGAACCUUCCUGUCAGGAGAACAACGAGCCUCCCAGCACUCCAAUGACACCCAUGCCAGCUUACUCCAUCAUGGAGACCCCACAGCUGAAGAAGGAGUUGAGCAGAUUUGGAGUUCGUGCUCUCCCGAAACGCCAGAUGGUGUUGAAACUGAAGGAGAUAUUCCAGUAUACUCACCAGGACAUGGACUCUGACUUUGAGGAAAUCCCAUCUUCCCAGCCUCCCCUGCAGAAGUCCUCAGCCAAACACUCCAGGCAGUCAAAGGCAGACCGGACUGCCAGUGGAAAGCGUGCCAGUGCCUCGAGGGCUGCAGGCAAAAGGAAGCAGGUUGCUACAGCUUCUUCAGUGCUCCCUGUACGGAGUGCUGAUGAUGACCUUGUUGAAUCCCAUGGAACAGGGUGUGCAGCACCCAUGGAGGGAACUGAAGUGACACAUCAUCCAGAAGGAGCCAAAAAGCAGAAAAAGUCAUCGGUAUCUCCAGAGAGAUCGCCUCUGGCAGCUGAUGGUGAUGAACCAAUGCUCUCGGCAUCUCAGGAGUCUGCAGUUUCUUCAGUGGAUGGAAGUGACAUCUCUUUUGGCUCACAGAGUUCUUUUGUGAAUGGAUUUGAAGCCUGUGCUUUUGCAUCCGAGGAGGAGGAAGAGGAGCUUCCAGUAUCUCAGGCAGCAGCUCGGGAGGAAGAUAAGCUGGAGGCAUUAAGGUGCUACAUCCGUUCGAACACAGCCCUGUACAACAAGAUUCUCUUUUAUGAGCCAAUUGAGCUGGCUGCAUUGCACGUAGAGCUCAAGCAGAACGGCAUUAAAAUUUCCAAGGCAAAGCUGCUGGACUUUUUAGAUGCUCACUGUAUCACAUUUACCACAGCUGGAGCCCGGAAAGAGAAGGAACAGAAACGAAAGGGGAAGAAAAAACAGAGGAGACGAUACUGAAUGGAGCCCACUCCUCCAUCCUGA